AUUUCAGGACUUGAUAUCAGUUUUAUCACUCAUACAGCCAUGUGAUUCCUUUCCACCAAUUAAAACAUCAAGCCAGUUGGAGUGUAAUUCACACAAUGAAUACACCCCUUGACAUAAAUUUAUUAAGAUUUUUAUGAAGUGUAGGAUAUCAUUAAAAGAUCUAAUAUGGCUGUAUCUGGGAAAAAAACACAGACCAAAUUUUCUCCUAUGAUAUCCCUUGGCUCAGAUGAAGACUUUGAAACUUUCUGUCAACCAUGUGACCAAGAUGACCUCAGACUUCCUGCCUUUGGGUUCUGCAUGGAUUGUGAAGAGCACCUUUGUGAGUCCUGUUUUACCCACCACAGACGUGCCAGGCCAUCCAGACAUCAUUCCCUCCUGGAUAAACACAACAUGCCACACACUCUACAAGUUCCAUCAAAAUCUGUCCAUACUGCUCAAUCUGAUGAUCUUUCAACACCCUGUGCUAAACACAAGAAAGAAAUGAUCAAGUUCUAUUGUCACGACCAUAAGGCUCUUGUCUGCAGCGUAUGUGUAACCCUUGAACACACUGGUACAUCUUGUCACGUCAACUAUAUACCCGACAUCUCUACUCAAUGCCUAAACAGCAAGGAGUAUACAAGUACCUUAAAAGAAAUGGAUAUAAUAACUCAGAAAUUACAGAAAACAACAGCAGAUCUAACAGAAAAGAUAACCAGUUCAAACAAUAUCUUAGAAGAUAUUCUUGCAGAUAUAAAGAAGUUCAGAAACGAGAUAAAUCAAAGAUUAGAUGAAUUAGAAAAGCAAGCUUUUGACAAGGCAAGGGCCCUACAACGAGAUAAUGAAGGAAGACUGAAGACGGUAGAAACAGCCAAUAUCACAAAGCUUCUGAAAGCUUCAGCUGAUUCCAUUAAACAUUUCAAUACGUCUAAACAAACAGACAGGCUCUUCAUGGAACUCAAAUCUGCAGAGAAACUGAUCAAAGAUGGACAGAAAAAACUUUCACAGCUACCUUCACCUGAUGAUGUUAAAGAAUAUUUCUUUCAACCAAACCCAAAAAUAUUCAGCUUUCCUUUCAAGGAAAAAUCGCUUGGUGCAUUAAAACAUUACUCCUGGCAAGGAAAUAUCUGUGUGAAGAAAGCGGAAGAUGAAAGCAGUUGCUGGAUAACUGGAAUGACUCUCCUUGCACCUUCGAAACUUCUUCUCACUGAUUUGUAUAAUGACUCAAUCAAAAUGGUUAAUGUGAACAACGAUUCCGUAACUGAUGAAUUAUACUUAAAUACCUAUCCCUGGGACAUCACCCCAGUAACCAGAGGCCAAGUUGCUGUCACCCUACCUGCAAAGGACACAAUUCAGUAUGUGUCUGCUUCUUCAAACAAACUCUUAUUGAAGCACAAACUGGAUGUAGAUGGAGAAUGCUACGGCCUAAGUUGUUAUGGAGACAAACUUGCAGUGACAUUUUGCUGUCCAGGAAAACUCCAAAUCAUUGAUUUAAAAGGUAAAGUACAAACAACAGUAGCAACAAACUCAAAUGGGGAAGAUGUUUUCAGUAAACCAGAUUAUGUCAUAUCCAACAGCCACUCUAUAUAUGCAUCUGACAGGGAGAAGCAUGUAGUUAUUAGGUUAAACUGGCAAGGUGAGCUGACAGGAAGUUAUGAUGCUAUGGGCUCUCCAAGAGGCCUUGCUUUGUUAGAGGAUGACUCCAUUGUAGCGUGUGAUGCUUACAAUAGCAACAUACAACAUAUAUCUGCUGACUUAAAAAAAGGUCAUGUUGUGUUCAAGGAUGUGAAGUAUCCCCAGGCUAUCUAUUUGUGUGGUACUAACAAUAAACUGUACAUCAGUCGUGACAGUUAUGAUGAGAAAAAUAAACAUCUAAUUCGAGUCUUCAAGAUGUUAUAGUAAAAUAUCGGAAACUGUGGAGAUAGAUACAGGAACUGAACCUUCAGACUUCCUUUGUUUAUCAACUGUUGCACAAACUUGAUAUGCAAAUGAGACUGCACAAACUUGAUAUGCAAAUGAGACUGCACAAACUUGAUAUGCAAAUGAGACUGCACAAACUUGAUAUGCAAAUGAGACUGCACAACUUGAUAUGCAAAUGAGACUGUACAGUUUGGUAUGAAUAUAUAGCUGCGCAAUUCAAUAUGCAAAUAAGACUGCAUAAUUUAAUAUGCAAAUUGAUAUGCAAAAGAGGUUGUACAACUUGAUGUGUAAAUGAGGUUUAUUAUAAUCAACAUGGUGUGUAAUAACUUUGUUGUACAAUAUAAACUUACUUUAAAACAUCUCACAAAAUGUUGAUUAAAUUUAACUUGCUGUUCCAUUUUUUAUCAUGCAGUUAUAUUAUAUAUCUCAUUGUACUGACAUUGUAAUCAGUGACUUCAGUCCGACUUUAUUAUGAUACAUUGUACUACAUAUCUGUUGUAAGUUUCAUUUGUUUGUUUUGUGUAAGUGAAUGACAUAUUGAUAAAUAAGUAAAUAUGUCAUAAUGUAGAGUAUCCCUGGCAGUAAUUUCAGCAGAACUGUGGAUUUUAUUUUUAAGAAAUUACUCACACUUUAGUACUUUCUAUAUGGGUGUAAAAACAUGGCCACGUUAUAAUGGGAGGCCAAAGAAUUCAUAUAUACUUUAAACACUAAAAUGUGUUUCUCUGCCUAAUUAAAACUACAGUUAUCAUUUAAAGUGAUUCAAGAAAAGAUUGAUAUAAUGGUAACAAGCGCUCGUAGAACACGAAAUGCCCCCAUGAUGCAUUCAGUAAUUGCACAAGGAACAGAAAUUAUUUGGUCACUGUGCACUGAGGUUUGGCAUACUGACCUCAAAUCAAUAAUUAUGUAAUAGAAAGAGCAUUAAAACUCGAGGGUAAACGAUUUGUAUGAGGGAGCAUAGCCCCCGAGUAUAAAUCGUUUACCCUCGAGUUUUAAUGUUCUUUCUGUUUUGUAUCAUAGCCAUCCAUACAUGGUAGUUGUAGGCGUUCCACAUUGCCAUAUACAGCAGUUCAGUGAGUACUUAAAAUCCUUGCUUUACAAAUGUGUAAAGCCCAGGUAAAACAAGUGAAUGAAGUAUUGCCAUGCAAUACAAAGUCCCCUACUGGAAGGCACCUAAUUUUCUCUACUGCAGUAUAACAUAAUGAACUGAUAUCUGUCAAUGAUGUAUAAACAAUAUUGUACUAUAUAUACAAUAUGUUAUAACAAAACACUUGGAUUAAAAUUUAUAUAGAUAAAAACCUA